AUGACAUUUUCUCGGCGGCCUUUACGGCAAAUACCCAUACUGAAUCCUCAUCACUCUUUAUCAAGGAGAUUCGCGAUAUCAUCGCAUCAUUCACGACAUCCAACUCCUUCUGCUCACCGCUGGUCACAUCCCCCGAGCUCGACAGUGAUCUCAGACGACGAUGUCGCAAGUUUAGCAAGCAAGCCAUUACACACCCUAAGUCUUGCUGAUCUUGUCAAGCAUGGCCGACCCCCCCUCCACGCGCCCGCUCUCUUCUCCUCCGCCAACUUCACCUUAUCCCUCCUCCCAAUCCGUCUCGCACAUCGAAUCCAAGCUCUCCGAAAUCUCCCAUUUAUCGUAGUAUCCAACCCGAACAUCUCAAAGAUCUACAACAAUUACCUGCACUCUCUGUCGACAUUAUUACCCUACAAAUCAAAAACCAUAUCAACCCUCGAAGAUGAAAUCAAAUUUACCGAAGUCCUCGCAGAUCUUGUAAACACACACGCGCAUACCAUACCUACGUUAGCAAGGGGAUUCCUUGAAUGCAGAAAAUAUGUCAAUCCGGCGGAAGUGACGCGCUUUCUUGAUGAGCAUCUACGGGCGCGAAUUGGGACACGAUUGAUCGCUGAACAACAUAUUGCUCUUCACAUGUCAUCUCAGCCUCAUCAACACCCAGAUUCGAAAGAUCAAAUACCAGAUCCUUCAUCGUCGUAUAUUGGUGUGAUAGAUACGGCGUUGGAACCAGCUAGCAUUAUCAAUUCAUGUGCGAACUUUGUCUCGGAGAUUUGCGAACUUAAAUAUGGUGUUCGACCGACGUGGAUUAUUGAUGGAGAGCCAAAUACUACAUUCGCAUACGUACCGGUCCAUUUGGAAUACAUUAUAACCGAGCUAUUGAAGAAUGCUUUCCGAGCUACUGUGGAAUCUGGCAAGUCUCACGAACCAAUUAUCAUAACAAUUGCUGCCGAACCAGAGACCACAGAGAGAGGAUCAGCCGUACUAGAUCACAACCGACGACUCGAGAAUGGUAUCUCCUCAGAAUCGCCAGAAAGUGCAAGUAUAAAACCAUUCGACGAUCCAGCACCAGGUGUCACAAUACGAAUACGUGAUCGCGGCGGUGGAAUCAGUCCUGAUGUUCUUCCCAACAUCUGGUCAUACUCUUUCACCACAUUCUCCGACGCUGAUGAUUUCCCGGGUCAAACACCUGGCAGUGGAAAUAUGGAUGCUCUGAAUGUAUUGUCUGGUGCUGGUGGAGAGAGUAGCUCAAUAGCUGGACUUGGCUAUGGAUUGCCUCUUGGAAGAGCCUAUGCUGAGUAUUUCGGAGGCGGUAUUGCUGUACAGAGUUUGUAUGGAUGGGGUAGUGAUGUUUACUUGAGGUUGAAGGGGUUAGGAAGGCCAAAGGAGUGA